AUGGUCGCUGUUGCCACGAACGGGAGUGGGCCGCAAGAUGCCUUCACUCCCGUUAUUGCGGCUUUAAAUACUAUGCGCGAUGGUCAGAGGGGACAGAAAGAGGCGGCGCAUAGUUUCUUAGAGAGUUUCCAGAAGUCGGCGGAGGCAUGGCAGAUCACGAUUGGCAUCCUAUCAUCAAAUGCUGAGCCAGAUGCGAAGCUCUUUGCGGCUACCACUUUGAGAGGAAAGAUUACAUAUGACGUUCAACAAAUACCAAGCGAUUCCUUACCAGCUCUAAGAAACCAGCUUUUAGAGCUGUUGAAAGUGUUUGCGACAGGGCCACGACCGAUUCGAAUCCAACUAUGUGUUUGCUUGGCCAUUUUAGCUAUACAGAUGACAACUUGGAAGGAUGUAGUGCCGAUGGUAGUAUCAACGUUAGGGAACUCCGCAGAAAGUCUCGCCUGCGUUCUAGAUUUCUUGAAAGUUCUUCCAGAAGAAGUCACCGAAGGACGAAAGAUCACUUUGACAGAAGAUGAGCUUCAACAGAGAACUCAGGAAUUAUUGGGAGAUAACACCGCCCAAGUGGUACAACUGCUGAUUGCAUAUGCACAAUCGUCUGAAUCUGCUGCGACAAAUCCACAAUUACUUGAAGUCAUCACAUCUUGGCUCCGCGAAGUACCUGUCGCCGACAUAGUUAACUCGCCUCUUUUACCGGUAAUAUUUAAUGCUCUGAACAACGACCGUUCCUUCGAAGCAGCAACAGAUUGUCUUUGUGCUGUAUUUAAGGAGACUCGUGAGGUUGAUGAGUACAUGCCUACCAUCGAGAUACUUUUACCUCGUGUAUUAGCACUUCAGCCUCGCAUUGCGCAAGCUGCCCAAGAAGAAGAUUCUGAUUCGUUCAAAGGCUUCACUCGCAUUUUCGCCGAAGCUGGUGAAGCAUGGGUCGUCUUGAUUGCUCGUGAGCCUAAGGUCUUCCGACCUUUGGUUGAGGCAAUCUUGGAGUGUACUCACAGAGAUUUUGAUAAGGAUGCCAUAUCUCUUACUUUUAUCUUCUGGUAUGAACUCAAACUAUAUCUCAUCCUUGAGAUGUACAUCGAAGCUCGUAUGCAAUAUGUGGAUGUGUACUCUAGUCUCGUUGACAUCAUGAUGAAGCAUCUGGAAUUCCCUACAGCCGAUGGCGCAGAUGAAACGGACUUGUUUGAUGGCGAUAGGGAUGCAGAGGAAAAGUUUCGGGAGUUCCGUCACCAUAUGGGAGACGUUCUCAAAGACUGUUGUGAGAUUAUGGGCGUUACACCAUGCCUUACGAAAGUUUACGACGCUAUCAAGGCGUGGAUGGGCUCCUAUGCUGGUCAGGCAACAGCAGCCUCUGUGCCACAUUGGCAACAGCUCGAAGCACCUCUCUUUGGCAUGCGUGCGAUGGGGCGAUUAGUCGAUAGGGAUGAAGACAUCAUACUCCCUCAAAUCAUACCUCUCCUUGUUCAGAUUCCUCAUCACGAAAAACUUCGAUUUGCAACUAUCAUGGUAUUAGGUCGUUACACGGAGUGGACUUCCAACCAUCCUGAAUUUCUCGAGUCUCAAUUCCAGUACAUCGUAUCGUCGUUCACAACAGACUCGAAGGAAAUUGUUCGAGCAGCUGCCAUGGCAAUGAAAUUCAUUUGCAGUGAUUGCAAACACUUACUCGGUGGGCAAGUAGUACAACUGCAACAAUUUUACGAUCAGACUCUCGACAAGUUACCUGGAGUUAGUCAAGAAGAGCUAACAGAAGGUGUUGCAUCUGUUGUUGCUGUUCAACCGCCAUCACAAACAUAUCAACUCAUGAAAUUAUAUUGUGAUCCAUUGAUGUCUAGGCUAAUGGCCUUGGCAAAUCAAGCUAACGAUGAAGAAUCAAAGCUUAAAGUGGCUGAUCAUAUGCAAUUGAUUACCUUAUUCAUACAGAUUGUUACUCCUUGGAUUGAGUCAAAUCAAGAUCACCCAGCUGUAAAAUACUGCCAAGAGAUCUUCCCAAUUCUGUCGACGAUUUUAGAUUCAUUCAUGACUUUCACUCCAAUUUGUGAACGAGUUUGUCGCACAUGGAGAUAUAUGAUCAUAUCUUAUCGAACAUCAAUGGCUCCUCUCCUUCCUCAAAUGGCCAACAAACUUGCAGAAGGUUUUGCAGCGUCAAGACAGGGCUGUUUCCUCUGGGUUACUAGUGCUAUCUUGCGUGAGUUUUCCGAGGACAGAGAACACGUCGAUGAACAAACCACGGAGUCAAUCUACACCUUCUUUGAAGCCCAGUCGACAGCGAUGUUGAAAGCCAUGGCUGAUCUCCCACCCCAAGAUCUCCCUGACGUCAUCGAGGAUUUCUACCGUCUUCUACUUGAUGCUUUGCUCUACUACCCUCACAAGAUGAUUCGAUCGCAUCUAUUUACGCCAAUAUUCAGGGCUGCCAUCGCUGCUUUAGAUCUCGAGCAACGCGAGCCUCUAUCUGCGGUUCUACACUAUAUUCGAGAUGUCAUUAGCUACGGUGGUGACAAUCCUUCAAGUUCAGCCUCCAACAUCAAUCCACCUGAGAUUCAACAACUGGUUAGGCAGCUUAUUCUCGCUAGUGGCAAUGAGUUAGUGAAAGGAAUCAUGAAAGGCAUGAUGAUUAGUUUCCCAGGAGACUGCUUUACCGAUGGCAGUGGCGUUCUUCUUGGUUUAUUCGAGAUACUUCCACAAGAAACUGCCAGCUGGGUUGAUGGAAUUCUACGCAUGUUGCCAGCUGGAACCGUCAGGGAAGCAGAAAUUGACCGAUUAAUGAACAGUAUUCGAGAAAAGCUGAGUAUCGGCCCUGAUGGUGUUCGAAAGGUUCGUAGCUUAUUGCAAGACUUUACGAAUACCUAUCGAAGACGUUAUGUUGCUCCCAGGGAUGGGUUGGGCCGACUUGAGGCCACUAGGUUUCAGUAUAGUGGUUAG